AUGUUUCGAACUUGCUUUAUCCUCCUGACAACUUUGUUCCUUCUUUCUGAUGCGUGCGGAUCUAGUGGAGCAUGUGGAUGUUGUGGAUGCCGAGCCAAAGCAAAAGCGAGAGCUUCCAAACGAGUUAGUGGAGAUGUUAUUCAAAAGUUUGAUGACAUAGAUGAUGGAAACAUUUUUGGAUUGAAAGUUUGGAAUGAUACGAAAUCUCCAGUUACAGAUAAGAGUAUUCAGUUGUUGACUAACCCGAAUCAUUUGUUCCACAUCUGCUGCGAAGAACGGCAGUUGCCUCCAGCAUGUAUUCAGAAAUGUCACUUCAAUGUUUAUAAUAAAGAAGUUCUAGAGUCUAUGUUCUUCAGGACAAGUGAAUGUCCUAUUGAAUUUCUCCCAGAAAUGCAAUUUUGUGCAGCACAAGGAAAAAAUCACAGCCAAUGUUGUUCUCAAAGUGACGUGGAUGCAACAUCAGCUGGGAGUAAAUGUCUAACUUUCUGCGACCAAAGACCCGAUAUCUAUACACCAAUUGAUUACAGCUAUGCGCCUUGUCUGGACAGGUUCGAAGACAUGAAGCGAUGUUUCUAUGAUAAUGUAAAGACGGAUGCGGUGAGACAUUUCAAAUCGAGGAAGAGUCCACAGGAGAAGAACGUUCCGUACUAA